GCCGCGCCCCGGGCCAGGCCGGGGGCGGAGCGGGGCCGCCGCCGGGCGCUAUUUGGGCCAUGUGACGGCCGGGCCGCGACCCGCUUGCCGCGCCUGGCGCCGGGAGGAGCCGGGGUGCUGCGGCUCCAGCCUCCCCGCCGCGGCGGGGAAGAGGCGGGCGCUGCCCUCUGCGCGCUCAGCACCACGGCCCCGGGAGCAGCCUCCGGCGGGGCCCGGCCCGGCCGCUGCCAUGGUCCGGCCGCCAGCCUGGGAACGGCAAUACUGACCAGUGCACAUCUGGGCAAGGUUUCCCAGCAGCUUUUCUGUGGGGCUGAAUGACAGCAGGAGCAGCCGGAUCAAUCGAUGAGCUUGCCUUGGGAGCCUACAAAUAGGCAGAAUCGGAGCACACAAUGGGUCAGAAGGUCACAGGCGGGAUAAAGACUGUGGAUAUGAGGGACCCUGUAUACAGGCCACUGAAACAGGAGCUCCAAGGACUCGACUACAGCAAACCCACACGUCUGGACUUACUCCUGGACAUGCCUCCAGUGUCAUAUGAGGUGCAGUUACUGCACUCGUGGAACAACGACGACCGCUCGCUGAACGUCUUUGUGAAGGAGGAUGACAAACUGAUAUUUCACCGGCAUCCGGUGGCGCAGAGUACAGAUGCCAUCCGCGGCAAAGUGGGCUACACACGGGGCCUGCACGUGUGGCAGAUCACCUGGGCCAUGAGGCAGCGAGGCACGCACGCCGUGGUCGGGGUGGCAACAGCAGAUGCCCCUUUGCACUCGGUAGGGUACACCACGCUGGUAGGCAACAACCAUGAGUCCUGGGGGUGGGACCUGGGGCGCAACAGACUCUACCACGACGGCAAGAACCAGCCGAGCAAAACCUAUCCUGCCUUCUUGGAACCAGAUGAAACUUUCAUCGUGCCAGACUCCUUCCUGGUGGUUCUGGACAUGGAUGAUGGGACGUUGAGCUUCAUCGUAGAUGGGCAAUACAUGGGUGUUGCCUUUCGGGGACUCAAAGGGAAAAAGCUGUACCCAGUGGUGAGCGCGGUGUGGGGCCACUGUGAAAUACGGAUGCGCUACUUGAAUGGACUUGACCCUGAACCACUGCCUUUGAUGGACUUGUGUCGGCGAGCUGUGAGGCUUGCUCUGGGCAAGGAAAGACUGAAUCAGAUCCCUACACUGCCACUGCCAGCCUCCCUCAAGAGUUACCUGCUCUACCAAUGACCUUCAUGUUCAAGGACAGAGUUGGAACCAAGGCAAAACGUCGGAGCUGACCCACUGAGCAACGGGCUCUCCACCCUUGUGUCAUCGCUACUGUUGGAACUCCUUGGCCAAAGUAUUCCCACCACUGCUUAAGUCUCCAUGUGCCCUUAUUGACAAGCUCUCAAGUAAUCCUUGUUCCACAAUUGAGUGUUUUGUUCUUUGGAAGCCACUUCCCCAACACACUUACAAAAGGAACAUUUACAGAAGCUCUGUGCUUCCCUGCUUCUCCUGAGAAAAGGCUGUGCUGCAUCCGUAGGGUUGUGGAGCCUAGGAGUGAAUGAUUUUUUUUCUCCUGUACCAGCUAAAGGGAAGAACAUAAUCUGGGGGAAAGAAGGCAUUAGGAGUGGAAAUCUGAAGACCAGGUUCUAAGAAUGGAAGGGCACAGGGUGGCCAGUGGAGUUGGGAAGAGUCUGGAAUACCAAGAAGAAUUCAUUGUGGAGUGUUAAAACCAAAAAAAAAAAAAAAAAGAAUAGAAGCCCAAGCCCUGAAUCACCAAACUCAAAAACCCUUCCACCAGGACACCUUGGAGAAGGUGGUUAUGUUGCUGAUGUCUGUAUCUCUGCCAGGAUUUCUCACCAUGUUCUCAUGUAAUUUCAUAAACAGUGAAUCCUGCGUUCUUGUUUAUCACCAUUGCUUUCCCAGUUCUGCUCCAUCCUCUGUUCCAUCCCCUCCUAGUGGGUUUGACUCAUGGUUGAGAAGUCAUACUGUGUCUCUACCUGCCCUCUUCCUGACUUAAACCUGCAGGUUUCUAGUUUGGGAUCAGGGUUUUCUUGCUGAUGUGGGGACAGGAAAGUGAUAAACUUCUCCUGCAAUAGGGUGAGACAAGCUGUAUGAGCUGAGAUUUGUUACACAGCUAAAGGUCCUACCAUCUUAGGUCAGCUUUCUGUAUAGCCUGUUCCAUGUUGAGGCUUUAGAGAAACACUCAUGUGUUGCUCCAAUGGCUCUGCCAGGGAUUCCUCUUGUUAGAUAAGCUGCUUAAAGUCAUCCAAACCAGGCCUUGUUCUGUCCCAGACAAUCGGUGUAAUCUCAACUUAACUAUGCAGCAGGAAUAGUUCUCUCUGUCUCUUGCUUAGGGGUGGGAAGUUAUUCUAGAGAAGGUAGUAGCAGUGUGGCUGUAGAAGUACCAUCAGCAUCUCCUGUUAAGGUCUAAACAGAGACCAGUGGGAUGAUCUUUGGGCAAGAAAAAAAACCUGAAGUUCUCCAGAGCUGGGAGUGGGGGGCAGGAGGGAACUGCAAUAAACAGGACAAGCAAUUCAGGCAAAAUCAGCACAUCCCAAAUAGAUGCUCACCUCAGUAGCCAAGUAAAGAGGAUGACACUCCUUUACUAGCAGGAGCUGCUCUCUUGACCUCUCCACAGGUUACUAUGCUGCCUUUCUGGGGUUAUUUUGCACAUUUCUUUGUCUUGAAAAAAAG